GCGCAUGCGCAAGCAUCUCUGGCGAGGACGGAGCCCGAGCGGAUGGUGUGCGCAGGCGCACUCGAGGCGGGGAAGAUGGCGGCUGUGGUCCAGAAUGUGGUGAAACUUCUUGGCGAACAAUACUAUAAGGACGCAAUGGAACAGUGCCACAACUACAACGCUCGGCUCUGUGCUGAGAGGAGUGUUCGCUUGCCCUUCCUCGACUCGCAGACCGGAGUGGCCCAGAGCAACUGCUACAUCUGGAUGGAGAAGCGGCACAGGGGACCAGGUUUGGCAUCUGGCCAGCUCUAUUCGUAUCCGGCGCGGCGCUGGAGGAAAAAACGCCGUGCUCACCCUCCUGAGGAUCCCAGGCUUUCCUUCCCUUCUAUUAAACCAGACACUGAGCAGACGCUCAAGAAAGAGGGCCUGAUCUCUCAGGAUGGGAGCAGCUUGGAGGCUCUCUUGCGGACAGACUCUCUCGAGAAGCGCAGCCUGCCGGACCCGCGCACCGACGAAGACAGCCUUGGUGAAUUCCCCGUCACCAACAGUCGUGCACGGAAGCGCAUUUUGGAACCCGAUGAUUUCUUGGACGACUUGGACGAUGAAGACUACGAAGAAGACACUCCAAAACGAAGAGGCAAAGGCAAAGCCAAGGGGAAAGGAGUCGGGUCCGCCCGGAAAAAGUUGGAUGCUGCUAUUUUGGAAGAUCGAGACAAACCUUAUGCCUGUGACAAUAGUUACAAACAAAAGCAUACCUCGAAACCUCCUGACCGAGUAUGUGGCAAGCGCUACAAAAACCGUCCCGGGUUGAGCUACCAUUACGCACAUUCUCACCUGGCCGAGGAGGAAGGGGAGGACAAGGAAGACUCGCAGCCCCCCACCCCCGUCUCCCAGAGGUCCGAGGAACAGAAAUCAAAGAAAGGCCCCGAUGGCUUGGCCUUGCCCAACAAUUACUGCGACUUCUGCCUGGGGGAUUCAAAAAUCAAUAAGAAAACAGGGCAACCAGAGGAACUGGUUUCUUGUUCAGACUGCGGCCGAUCAGGACACCCUUCUUGCCUGCAGUUCACUCCCGUCAUGAUGGCAGCGGUGAAGACCUACCGCUGGCAGUGCAUUGAAUGCAAGUGCUGCAAUAUCUGCGGGACCUCCGAAAAUGAUGACCAGCUGCUCUUUUGCGACGAUUGUGACCGUGGGUAUCACAUGUACUGUCUCACGCCACCCAUGUCCGAACCUCCAGAAGGGAGCUGGAGCUGCCACUUGUGUCUGGACUUGCUGAAGGAGAAAGCCUCGAUCUAUCAGAACCAGAACUCCUCCUGAUGGGCCCUGGAGCUGCGGAGGAGGAAAGGGAGGUCAAAAGGAAGAGGCGCCUUGGGUUGCCUGCAGCGUUGCCGGGCUCUUUCCUUCUUCUUCUUCUUUGUCUUGAUUUUGUCACCUAACCCUGUUCUUCAUGUCCACAGCCUUUUCCAGGUACAGGCCUCUGCCCCAUAGCUUUUGCCCUGCGUUUACGAUACCCGUGGUCCCUUCCUUGAGAGGCCUGUGGCUGCUGGUUUAGAAGCAUCGAGUGGAAAAUCACCGUAUUUGCGGCCUUAAUACUCCAACCCAUGGGAAAGGCAGCCUAUGUCUCACUAUCAUUGUGCUGUUCUAUCCAACAGCCUGCUGUCAUGCCUCUGUCUUAAACAAAAAAAGAAAAUUAUUAUUUUUGAAACCUUUUUGUGUUUGGCUCUGUUCCGGUCCCACUUGAAAACAACAACAAAGGGGCUUCCGAGUCCUGCCCGUCUUUAAGGAAUCCGUUCUAUCCCAAACGUGAGUGACAGCUGAUUCAGUACCAAGCCAGAGCAAUCUCUGAAAUCUCGAGUCAAUGCUGUGUAAUACUUACUAGGAACCCCAUCUUAAUCUCAAGUAAAUACUUACUAGAAACCUUGUCUUGGGCUUCGGCGAUGAACCGGGACUUGGUUCAGAGAGUGACUGUGUUUCUCAUUUGCUCCCAGUUUGAUGGAGCCCAGAUCCGAAUCCAAAGAAUUAAAGGGAAGAUUCGAUCUUCUUUUUUUCACAGAUUUUGAGCCAGGACUGUGUCUCGGUGUUGACGGAAGCCCUUUCUCCCCGUUCUAACCUGCGGGGUUUUGCUCGCAAUUCUAAGAUGUGAUAAAUUUUAAUUUUAAUUUUUUUAAAAAAUGCAUCCCUUUGGAGAGCCUGUCCUGUUUCAUGCUCGCAUUUUAUUCCUCUUGCGUUACGCUUUCCCGCAAUGUAGUCGCUUUAUUUGUCUCGGGGCCUCUGUCGGGUGUUGCCUAUAUGGAUGGUUUUUUACCUAGCUAUAAUUCUAUCUAUUUCUGUUCCGCAGCAGAGAUCUACGGAGGCCAACCCAAAGCCUUCGCCCCCUUUUCCCCUAUUUCCAUGACAUUACGUGCCUCUUUGGGUCCUUGUGCCAUCCGUUUGGGCUGCUUUUUGUUUUCGUCUCAGCCUUACUUCUGCCAAGUUUUUAAUUCAUUUGCACACGUGGGAGCGUCAGGCAGUAUAGCUGUCAUCUGAUGAGAAUCAAUCUGCAACCAACAUAAUUGUAUGUUGGUUUUAUAUCUGUAAGCCGCCCCGAGUCCCUCUGGGGAGAUGGUGGCGGGGUACAAAAAUAAAAUUAUUAUUAUUAUUAUUAUUAUUAUUAUUAUUAUUAUUAUUAUUAUUAUUAUUAUGCUAUGCUAGUUUUAUAUAUAUAUAUAUGUAUGUAUAUAUAUAGAUAUAUAUAUAUACACACACACAUAUAUGUGAGUGUGUUUAUAUAUAAAUAUAUAUAUAUACAAUAUAAUUUACAAUAAUUUGUAAUAAUUAUAACAUAUUGUAUAUACAUAUAAUAUUCAUAAUAUUAUAUUGUAAUACGAUAUAAUACUAAUAAUACAAUAUAAUAAUAUUAAUUAUAUAUCAUAUUUUACAUGUAAUAUUACUAAUAAUAUUACAAUAUGUUGAUACAGUACAAUAUAGUAAUUUGUUACCAGUAUUGUACUAUACUAAUAUAAUAUUGUAUGUAAAUUUAAUUUGUAAGCCGCUCUGAGUCCCCUUUGGGGUGAGAAGGGCGGCAUAUAAAUGUAGCUAAUAAUAAUAAUAAUAAUAAUAAUAUGCUGGAGUUUGCAUUCAACCAUUGCCCGGUUCCCAUCUUUUUGCCCUAAUGUCUGAACAGCCCUUCUUUUUUUGAAACGUUUCCUCCCACAUCCUUCUCCGAGAAAGAGAGAAAGAGAUGAUUCUCUGGAAUAGGGUUCUGUGUAAUAAAAUAUAAUAAAGAUGUGCCUGUUUUUUCUAAAAUUGACUCCAGACCUACCUCCACGAAAGCCCUUCCCUUUCCGUGUGUCCUUCCGCACUCUUUCGGUCCCUUUUUCCUUUGCAAUUGGUGGUUUGAGACCGGCAAAGUAGAGAAAGUGAUGCUGUUAUUAUGCUUCUCUUAAGUCAUAUUCAAGUCAUCGAUGCCAGAGCGUUGGCUCCAUUCAAGGCCUAAAUGAGGCCGGCUGUUUUGGGACUUGGCUCCCAAAAUUCCUGGCAAUUGGUCAAACCACUGAGGGCCAAACAUCUGGAGGGCCGCAGUUUGUGCAGGCCUGGCCUUAAUGGAGGAAGGGCUCCGUCUUUGUCCUUGAUAGCAUUGAUCUCAGUGGAACUAGAAUUCCCUUAUAUGGCACAAUGUCAGUGGAAUGGGAACUGUUGACCCCAAUGCCUAUGUCUUCUGCAAGGUUUUCAAGAACUUUUUGGAGCUCGUUCAGGACAUCACAUAAAGUCUCCCAAGUUGAAGGGAAGUUGGUGUUGUUGUGCACUUAAUGUCGCCCUGGAUCUCUUUAGGGAUCCAGUCCGCAAAGGGAAUCUGUUGCCUGUGUUGUCGGAGGCUUUCAUGGCCGAAAUCACUGGGUUGCUGUGAGUUUGUUUUCCAGGCUGAUGGCCAUGUUGCAUCGGCAUUGUUUUCCUGCCGUUUCUCCCACAUUGGAAACUAGGCAAGGGAGGUUUAUGUAUCUGUCUGUUCUAGGUAAAUGUGAACGUUGCAAUUAAUCACCUUAAUUAAUUAAUUGAGUCCCUGUGGGGAGAUAGAGGCAGGGUACAAGAAUAAAAUUAUUAUUAUAUAUAUUAAUUAGCAUUGUGUUGUCAAAGGCUUUCAUGGCCACGAUCAUAGGGUUGUAUGUUUUCUGGGCUGUAUGGCCAUGUUCUAGAAGUAUUCUCUUUUUUCUUUUCAGAUUCAUAUGUUAUUUGAGUUAUUAUAUUCCUUCUGUUUAUGUGAUUGUUUUAAGUCAAUUGUUAUGUUUUGUUUUUACUUCUUAUAGCGUUUUAUAGUGUUUUCACUGUUUUAUUGUACAAUGUUUUAUGCUGAUUUUAUAUUGGAAACCGCUCUGAGUCCCUUUCAGAAGAGAGGGCGGUAUACAAAUAAACUUUUACUUACUUCUCUCCUGACGUUUCGCCCACAUCUAUGGCAGGCAUAGAUGUGGGCAAAACGUCAGGAGAGAAUACUUCUAGAACAUGGCCAUACAGCCUGGAAAACAUACAACCCUUAAAUAAAAUUAUUAUUAUUAUUAUUAUUAUUAUUAUUAUUAUUAUUAUUAUUAUUAUUAUUAUUACUACUACUAUAUAUUAAUUAGCAUUGUGUUGUCGAAGGCUUUCAUGGCCGGGAUCAUAGGAUUGUUGUAUGUUUUCCGGGCUGUAUGGCCAUGUUCUAGAAGUAUUCUUUCCUGACGUUUUGCCCACAUCUAUGGCAGGGAUAGAUGUGGGCAAAACGUCAGGAGAGAAUACUUCUAGAACAUGGCCAUACAGCCCGGAAAACAUACAACAACCCUUAAUUAGCAUUGAUUAGCCUUUCAGCUCUGGGUACUUACUGUCUGGGGGAAUCCUUUGUUGGGAGGUGUUAGCUGGCCCUGAUUGUUUCCUGUCUGGAAUUCCCCUGUUUUCUCAGUGUUGUUCUUUAUUUAUUGUCCUGAUUCUAGAGUUUUUAUUACAGGCAACCAGUUUUUGUUCGUUUCAUGGUUUCCUCCUUUCUUUUGGAAUUUAUUUAUUGAUUUAUUUACAACACUUUUACCCCGCCUUUCUCACCCGAGGGGACUCAAGGCGGCUUACAAUAAAUAGGCAAAAAUUCAAUGCCUGCAAACAGUACGCUAAACAACAGUUCAUAUAAAAACAACAUAACAUUACAGAAUAAAAACACAUUAUAAAAAAUUUAAAACAUAUCCAAGUUAAAAUCUGUUCGUUCAAAAUCCAAAAUUGUCCACAUGCUUGUGGAUUUCUAUGGCUUCUUGUGUUGUCUGAUAUGGUUGUGGUUAGAUUGGUCCAGCAUUUCUGUGUCCUCAAAUAAAACGCUAUGUCCAGGUUUCAAUGUCCUAAGCAGCCAGGAAUUCCAGGCAUGAAACAAUCAGGGCCAGCUAACACCUCCCAACAAAGGAUUCCCCCAGGCAGUACGUAGCCAGAGCUUGAAACUGAAAGGCUAAUCAGUGCUAAUUAAGGUGAUUAAUUGCAACAUUCACACGUGCGUAGAAUAGACAAGAGUUCUUUCUCCCAUCCUGGACCUUCCACAAUUAUAGUUUCCAAUAUACCUCACAACCUCUGAGGAUGUCUGCCAUGGAUGUGGGCGAAACGUCAGGAAAAAAUGCUUAUGGGCUUACGGAAAACUCACAGCAACCCAGAAUCUGUUGCCGUUUUUCCUUGACUUGAUUUCCCUCCCGCCUGUGUUUGUGGGGUCCAUCUCAAAAGAUGGGGAUAUGCAUUAAUGUGUCCUCAUUUCAAAGCAUCACACCCGUGUCUUUAUAGAUAUAUAGAUAUAUAUAUUACCUGAAAUUAAACACCAAAAUGGCUUGUUUUCACUUCUCUUUUGUUGUAUUCAGUGUGGUGGGGAAUCAAUAGUUUUUUUCAAGAUGCCUGUGUGCAACCUCUGCUGCUUCGUGGGAAAUCCAUGCUCAGGUUACGUUGUGUUUGUUAGAAUGCGGUCGGGAGGGAGGGACGAAAAGCCUUGUUCAAGCGCCUCGGAGUGAAAAGGGAGCGGGUUCACGGUCUCACAUUCAUUUUCCGGCGUAGGACACUCCUGUUUCUUGUUGUCUUCUCUGUUCCUGGGCCACUCCGGAGGCCCAAAUACCUCAGCCCUUUUGUUUCCUUAGAACUGGGGUCCCCAAACCAAGGCCCGUGGGCCGGAGGUGGCCUCCAAGGCCAUUGACCUGGCCCCUGUCCUAAACUUUAGACCUAGGGUUGAACUAAGUCUACCUGGUCUUUGGAGGACUCUUUGCUUACCUGUGGUCUUAUGAGAUCGUCUAGAUAGUCUUUGAAGGUCUCUUUGCUUAGCUACGGCCUUAUGAUACCAUCUAGAUGGCUUUUGGAGGUCACUUUUGUUACCUAUGGUCCUAUAAGACCAUGUAGAUGGCCUUUGAGGGUCCCUUUCCUUACCUAUGGUGUUAUGAGACCAUCUAGAUGGUCUUUGAAGGUCUCUUUGCUUAGCUAUGGCCUUGUGAGACCAUCUAGAUGGCUUUUAGAGGUCACUUUCCUUACCGAUGGUCCGAUAAGACCAUGUAGAUGGCCUUUGAGGGUCCCUUUCCUUACCAAUGGUUUUAUGAGAUUGUCUAGAUGGUCCUUUUCCUUACCUAUGGUCUUGUUAUAUUGUCUAGAUGAUCUUUGGAGGUCCCUUUCCUUACCUAUGGUCUUAUGAGACCAUCUAGAUGGUCUUUGAAGGCCUCCUUGCUUAGCUAUGGCCUUGUGAGACCAUUUAGAUGGCUUUUAGAGGUCACUUUCCUUACCUAUGAUCCUAUGAAAUCAUCUACAUGGUCUUUGAGGGUCCCUUUCCUUACCUAUGGUCUUAUGAGACCAUCUAGAUGAUCUAUGGGGGCCCCUUUCCUUCCCGAUGACCUUAUGAGACCAUCUAGAUGGUUUUUGGAGGUCUCUUUGCUUAGCUACGGCCUUAUGAGACCAUCUAGAUGGCUUUUGGAGGUCACCUUUGUUACCUAUGGUCCUAUAAGACCAUGUAGAUGGCUUUUGUGGGUCCCUUUCCUUACCUAUGGUCCUAUGAAACCAUCUAGAUGAUCUUUGGGAGGUUCUUUCCUUACUUAUGGUCUUAUGAGAUCAUCUAGAUCAGGGGUCCCCAAACUAAGGCCCUCCAAGAUCAUUGACCUGGCCUCUGUCCUAAACUUUAUACUGAGGGUUGACCUAAGUCUGAAACGACUUGAAGGCACACAACAACCACAAUCCUAAUUUUGGUCUAUUUCAUCCUUGUCCAGCCCCCAUGUGAUUCAUUCAUUUUACAUGUUGACGGUUUUCUUUUCAAAAAGAAGUGCUGAGGCUCUCCUCCCACCUGUCUUUCUAUCGCGGUCGAAGCUAAAAAAAUAAAUAAAGUGGUUUUGGCUUUUUUAUUGUUAUUUUAAGGUACUGUAAUAAACAUUAGUGAAUAAAUAUCAUUUUUACACAGAA